AUGGACGAAGAGCUGAAUGUAACAUAUUUAACUCUAGAUGGUCAUGUGGAAGUUUCUAAGUACAGGUACCUCUACUUCAUGACUUUCUUGUUGGUGUACGUCCUGAUUCUGUGCAGUAACUGUACUGUAGUUUACCUGAUCUGGAAAAAAACAGACCUCCAUGAGCCCAUGUACGUCUUCAUAGCUGCUCUGUUACUCAACUCUGUUCUUCUCAGUACCAACAUCUACCCAAAGCUGCUGCUGGACUUUCUGUCAGACACACAGGUCAUCUCUCAUCAGGCCUGUCUGCUCCAGUAUUCUCUGAUCUACUUGUUGGGUAGCUCAGAGUUCUUGCUGCUGGCGACCAUGGCCUACGACAGAUACGUGUCCAUCUGCAAACCUCUGCACUAUCAGUCCAUCAUGAGGAGGACGACCGUCUGUGUGUUUCUGGCUGCAGCUUGGCUCUUGCCUGCCUGUCAACAGGCUGGAUUAUCCACUCUAAGCGCUCAGCAGAAGCUGUGCAGCUUCACUCUGAAAUUCAUUUUCUGUAAUAACUCAAUCUACCAACUGUUCUGUGUAACAUCUAGAGCCAUAACUGUUGUCGGUUUGUUUAUUCUGUUAAAUGUUGUCAUUGUCCCUGUGAUCUUCAUCGUGUUCACCUACACCAGGAUCCUUCUCAUUUGUUACCGCAGCAGUGCAGACGUGAGGAGGAAAGCUGCUCACACCUGUUUACCUCACCUGCUGGUUCUCAGCAACUACUUCUGCCUGUUUAUGUAUGAAGUCAUCACAGUUCGUCUGAAUUACGAGUUUCCAAAAACUGCUCGUUUGAUCAUGAGUUUACAAUUGGUUCUGUAUAAUCCUCUGUUCAAUCCAUUUAUCUACGGACUGAAAAUGAAAAAGAUUCACAAACAUCUGAAGAGACUGUUCUGCCAAGAUAAAGUGACCCGAUGUUAG